UUGUCUAGCGUAAUCAAUAUUGUUGUGGCAUAUCAACGUUUUAGAUUAGUGCAGUUAUUCAAGCAAGUUUGUUUGGGUUUUUGGAACGCGGCAAAAACGCCGAAAUUUCCGCUCAUGGUGUAGAUGAAGCAACCAAUUGGAGAUGAAUCAAACGUGCUAAGUGUCACUUCGAUAAUACAAAAAGAACCCUCAUCAUUAUCGCUGGAAGUAGAGGGUAAGGAUGUGUGAGGAAUCAGCAUGUUUGGUACCUCCGUUGGAACCUGCGCUAAAUGGGCCAUCUGAACCCAGACUAUCUUCGGGCAGCGGAGGUGUAGCCCACAAUGGAGAAGCCCUAGUGGGUUUCCACGAGGACGCCCUGUCCCAGGCGGCAAUGGGAAAGGCUCAGCUGCUUCUUGCCAUCGUGCUGGGACUAGGUCUGGCAGCUGAGUGUUCAGAAUUAACCAUCCUUAAUUACAUUAUGCCCGCAGCUGAGCUUCAUCUUUGUAUUGACGAACACAGAAAAGGGUGGCUAGUUUCUAUAUCCUUAUUGGCGAUGGCUGGCGGAUCCUUUAUCUGGGGUAUCCUGGGCGACCACUUGGGCCGAAGAAGAGCCCUUAUAUCGGCCCUAUCUGUGGCCGCCCUGUUUUCAGCUGUAGCUGCAGUAAUGCCAACGUACGGAACCUUUAUGACCGCUAGGUUUUGUUCUGGACUGGGCAUAUCAGGAGCAUUUCCUUUAUCAUUCAGUUAUUUGACAGAAACUUGUUCGAGAUCUUCUAGAUCUAGGUAUACGGGAAUAUUGCACUCUAUGUGGCCUUUAGGAGCUGUUUUCACUUCGGUCAUAUCAUAUGUGAUUUUGCCCUCUUUGGGGGCCGAUAUCGUACAAGACAAUCGCGAACAUUGGACCAGUUGGCAUAAGUUUCUCAUUCUUAGUAUUCUUCCCAUCCUAGCAUCAAUUAUAGGAUUAAUGUGGGCUUCUGAAUCUCCAAGAUACCUUCUUGAAGCUUCAAGGGAAGUGGAAGCCUUGGAGGUAUAUCAACGAUUGCAUAGAUUAAACAAGGCGAGAACUCAGUAUGGUUUAACUGAGCUCGAGUUACCUGGUAGAAGUGCCUAUAGAGAGCGACCAACGAGUCCUUCAAGAAAUAUUUUCAGCCACGGAGUCAACACGUUCCGUGAAGCAUUGCAACGUAUCUCAUCCCCAAUUCAUUUCCGCACAACUCUUCUUCUAGCCGCUUUACACCUUCUGCUUGGCUUCAUUUACAUGGGCGUUUCUACGUUUUCCUGGUCGUACAUCAAACAUUUGAGGGACGAGGAGUACAGAUCGUCGAGGCAAUUCUUCGACAACGUAACUUACACAGGGAUCACCAUUAACGAUACCAUAGAUAACGUGCAGUACAGCAAUAGUGUGUUCCGGAAUAUGACUUUCACCAACAUGGGUUUGAACCAUGUGGAGUUUUACAAUUGCACCUUGGAGGAUACGGAGUUCUUCAAUGUGAAGGCUUCGGUACUGAGGUUCGAUAUAUCCACAAUCAAGAAUUGCAGGUUCGUCGAUACAGACAUAAGUAAGCAUAAUUUCGCGCAUUGCGUUGAAAUUAACAACACCUUCAUGUCCGUAACAUCAGACUGCUUUGAAGAUUUCGAUUACAACAUCUACAUGGAUGAUUUAUAUGACGAGACGAUUGCCUGGUCGGGUUCCAUGUUUCCCGCUCUUUUCGUCCUGGGUUUCGUGAUCGAAACCAUCUCGAGACCGCCGGUCAUCAUUACCUCUUUGGGCUUAGCUGCCAUAGCUGGUUCAGGGAUAUUUUUACUGACCACAUCCGUUAUAGUGGAGAUUGUUGAGGUUUUGAUAAAAAUAUUCUUGACGUGUGCCGUCAAUGUGAUUACUUUGGUUGUCGUGGAAGCAUAUCCAUGUCAUUUAAGGUGCACUGCGCAUGGCCUUCUGCGCAGUCUUUUUCACAUAGCCUCCCUAUGUGCCAUACCCAUCUACAACAUGCUUUUGCACACGAUAUUGUUGUUCCCUGCUUUGAUUACCGUUUCGCUGACCCUAUUGGCUGCAGUACUUUCUUCAAGAAUACAGGAUAACAGCAAGGUCCUUUUGUAAUUUAUUUAGUUAUUAUUAUUGUCUGGUUAGUAGCCCUAAACCACAAAGUAUGUAGAAUAAUAAUUAGGGUGGUCCUUUAUAGGGUUGUUUUUGGAUUUGUAUGGUAUAUACA